UCGAUUUCUGAAGGUUACUGCUUAGUCGGUUACAUUUGAAUGCUCUAGCUGUUUUUAUUAUAUAAAAUGCUUUUUCUUUUUUUAAGAUCAAAAUGUGACUUGCUAAUGGUGCUUGGAUGCUGUUAAUUUAUUCUGAUGCAGUAUUUUUCACUUGUGGUAUUUGAGAAAGUGUAUGAUGUUACACAGCUGAAAAUAUUUGCAAAUCUAUCAAGAUGUUUGUUAGAAACAAAGUUGAUAAUGUAUUUGAUUCAAGAAGUAGUGAAUUUUUCUCUUUAGUUUGACCAAUGUUUGUAUCCAAGUUUCAUUUUGCUCCAGUUAGCAGCAAUUUAUUUUCAAGUUCAUCUGAAACUUUCUCAUGGGCCUAUUUGAUGCAUGGGAUUAAUCACCAGUGAUCUUUCGCAGGAAAGUGAACAGAUUUUCAACGGGAAAGGACAGAUCGGGAUAUGGAUGCCUCCUUAUAGAGUGUGGUGCAAAAACUAAAGUGAAUGAAGAACAAAGCUAUGACGAUCUUGUCUUAAAGGUGCAUGGAUAGGGUAUCACCUGUCUCUGGCAUUUGGCCAUUUGGGUCACCUUUUAGUGGUUGUGGGUGAGACUUUAAGUUAAUUAAACUCAUCAAAAUGGGUUUUGAAUUUCUAUUUUUUAAUGUGCAGGGAUAAUCUAGGGUUGAGAUGUAAAGAUUACUUCCUUGCUAGAAUUUGGUGCGCUGAACUGUAGUUGUCUAUACGAAUUACUGCACGGCUAUUUGUCGACGGACUGAGGUAAGGCACCAUGCGGCCUGAGGUUGGAUUGUUUUUAUCAUCACCAAGUCCUCCCAUUUUCAAAUAUGUGAAAGGAAAUUAAUUACAAAUGCCCUGCCACAAGUCAUCAAUGCUCUUUCCAUGUGUAAAGUACUUAAUUUGCAUAAUAUAAAUUAGUAGAUUAUUUUAAGGAAUCAACACCUUGAUUAAACUGAUCUUAGGCUCAGAUUAUUAAAUAGAAUCACGUACUGGCAGGAAGAAUCAUGUAUAUCAUGCUCAAUCCAUUUUGCAUGAACAAAUCAAAUCUAACAUUUGAAUUCUAUUGUCUCGCAGAUGAAAAUCACCGACAAAAGUUUGAGAGAUACAAGAAAGUACUUUCUAUUGUAGAAGUUGUUAUAAGGUGUGAUAAAGUACUUAAAUUGGAUUUAGGGGAGUUAAAAGUCAGAUACCUCAUGCAAAAAACUAAAACUUGAUUUAAGAGGAGGUAGGUUCUCCAGGUAAAUUGGAAAUAAGAGGAUCUCCUCCAGGCAUAGAGGUUAAACACACUGCCUUUGAAUUCUAUUAUCUUGUAGAUAAAAGACUCCUACAAAACUUUACGAGAUACAAGAAAGUAUUUCUUGCUGUAAAAUUUGUUUUAAAGCAUGAUAAAGUGCUUAAAAAUGUAUGAAAGUUUUUAUAAAGUAUCAAUAUUAAA